ACUUUAAACCAAGUGUUAUAUCGUACCGGUGUAGAGAGUGAGUUUCCACUGCGGAUCACACUAUAUGUACACAUAAAUAAUACGUACACCAUACGUUGACAAUAUACAUUAUGUCGACGUCCGGUGACGUACCGGCACCGGCUGUGGUGUCUCCGGUAAGCAAGGUCAAGUUCCUCUGCAGCCACGGCGGCCGGAUUCUUCCUCGCCCUGCCGACGGCCACCUCAAAUACGUCGGCGGCGAGACUCGCGUCAUCUCUGUUCUUCGCAACAUUACGUUCACCGAUCUAAUGAAGAAGCUUAGCAGCCUAAUAGAAGGUGAUGUGAUACUUAAGUACCGAUUAAUCCCUGAGGACCUUGAUGCAUUAGUUACUGUAAAAUCCGAUGAAGAUCUCCGCCACAUGUUUGAGGAAUAUGACCGCCAAGAGCUCAUCGGAACACCACGACUCAGGACUUUUCUCUUCCCAGCAAGUCCAAUCAUUGUUGAGAACCCGAUGGGACCGAUGGACCGCUACUCUCUCGAGCAGCGGUACAUCAAUUCUGUCAAUGGCAUUAUUGUAAAUCCAAUACCAAUGUAUAACAGAAACUUCAGGCCUCCCACAGUUAACACUAGCCAAACAAGCUUCACCAUUUCAUCUGCCUGUUCUUCCCCUAGAACACCAUCCGAAAACGCCAUUCCCACAGUGGCUGCUGAUGUUACGAGCCCUGAAUUAGGCGGUUUUCGUAAGGGUGGCGCAAUGCCCAGAGCGCGCAGCUCGCCUAACUUGUGCAGCCUUGGUGCCAGCUCACCUAACCUGGGCCUGAUGACUAACCAGCAAUACCCGUAUCACCGCCAACCGCCACCACCCCACCACUACCUUCUACAGCCAUAUCCCAAACCACCACUAGAUCCCAGCCCUCACAAGAAUUCUGGUCCUGACCAUUUUAUGAGGGUGAGACCAACAAACCAUUCACCAAACUCUUGCAGAAGCGCGCAUUUGGGUUACCAAAAAGGUUCACCUUACGAUGAGUACCACGCGUAUAACAGGUAUGAUCGAGAAAGUCCUCCUGGAAGUCGUUAACCGUGUUUCGAUUGGUGGAUGUUGAGAACAUGAAGGCUGGUUUUGCAGGGAUGAUGAACAAGAAUGAAGUGAGCUUGAAUUUUGAUCCUUGUUAAUGUUUGUGGAUUGGGUUCAAUUGCUUGGAUUUUUUGCUGGAAUUUUGAUAAAUGAGUUAACUUAUAACCUGAAUGAAUGAAUGAAUGAAUGAAGAAAGUAACAGAUUAUAACAGUUUGACA